UGUACCAACGUGCGAGACGCGCUUUCACGCAGUUCUCGUCGUUUGGAGGCUGCGAGAGAAUAAAAAAAAAAACGAGAGUUCAGGCUGAGAUAAUUGGACACGAGGAGUGAAGAACAGAGAAAUUUUGUAAAGCGAGUGAAGAUUCACGGGAAACAUACGCCGGGGAUUUCUUUCGCGAGAAAUGUCGUCUGCAAUUCUUUUAAUUAGUGUGGUCUGUUGCGGAUUCCUCCACGCGAUUCCCUAUCACGGGAAGAGGUCGAUUGAGACGGAUAAUUAUGAUUAUGAGGACUCGGACGAAAAUGAGAGCUACGACCAGCCAUCGAUGCCGGGACAUCGAGGUAUGGGUGAUGAUGACAUGGCUAUGGCUUUCUUUGAAGAUACCGUUGAAAAGUACGAGGCAAAAAAUGGCAAUACUUCCCAGAACCACCAAUUCUCCCGCAGAUCCAACCAGGGAAACCUCGAGGAUGCCGAAAUGACGAUUAAUGAAGGGCUACCUCUCCUUGCCGGUUAUUCUGCUGAAAAUCGCGAGGAUAAUGAUCUCUCAGGAUCUCUGAAAAAAUCCUCAGAAGUGGCAGAACUUCGAAGAGCAACAGUGGAACCUGAAGGAAUAUCGGAAGGACCUGUUAAAGUGUUGACUAAAGCUCUCAAACUCCCAGAUCCUGCAAAUUUAUCAACCGAAAAUUUAAAAAUAAAAGCGGAGAUUUUAGCAGCAACAGUAGAUCCUCUGAAAAUCAUAUCAGAAUUUCGAGAAAGAAUAGCAGCACCUUCAAAAUCGACAGAGUCUACUACGCUAACCGCGGAUCCUCUAACUGAAUCAUCUGAAUCUCCAUCCGAUCCGGUUAACAAAGUAACACCAGUACUUUGGGAAAAGUCUCUUGAAGCGUCAGAAGAAGAAUUCCAAGUCGCUAACGUCCGCUCAAAGGAGCCAUUCUACAGCUUGAGCCUUUCAUCAAACUCUUCAGUGCAGCCAAAAUACACUGCGUCUGUACGCUCCAAAAACAAUCUAACUCUCUGUUGGAUCGAGACCAUCACGAUAAAAGAAGACAACGCGACUAGCCCGGCGAUGAGACUAGUCCUUCGAGAGUACACAAUCACCUUGGAAAAUUCUGUGUCAAUCCCUGAAGACCUGUUGGAAUACUCUAGACUCGAGGGAGAGGUCCACCCAGUCACUAAAGAAAAAGCGAUGAACACGCCCUUCCAGGAGUUCUUCAGCAACGAAACUCAAAGAAGUCAAGUUACAAAGCUGAAGAAAAUUACUCAGGAGGGGAAUUUCAUGGUAACCGAAGAGAAGACAAUGAGGUGUGGUACCGGAUCGUUUAUCACAAAAAAUAUCUAUGAGAGGUUGGAUGCGUCGAAUAAACCAGUGAAGCGAGUGGAGAUUAAGGUUGGACCUGUCCUGAAAAGUAUCAAAGACGACGUUGAAGGAACGAAGACACCUACGGAAUUUCAGGAAGCUCCCACUUCGGAGCAAUUUGCAGACGGACUCGUGAGAUUGGGGGAUGACCUAUUGUCUUGUCAACCAGGAGAUAAAGAUUGCGUCAAAUCAAUGGUUGAUCCAGAUUCUAGAGCGCUAGAUCAAAACCCAUCGGCGAUAUCGGUCGUGCCUGAGGGUCUCAUUUGCGAUGCCUCCACCGGGACUUGCACAAGUACAGAGUUUACGGAAAGAAUAACUGUUACUCCUUUCGACAGGUCAGAAACUGUUUCCGAGGUGACGACACAGAGAGAACCAGCGAACGAACUUGGGAUUGGAAUAAUCGAAGGGACAAAACGAGAAGAGACUGUGGGAUUAUUGAAGGAAGCGGAGGAAGAGGAUGCCUCAACCACUUUGCUGAGACGCGCUGACCUUCGUAAGUCUCGUUACGUUCUGAAGUUGCAAGUCGUGGUGGAGAGAAUCGACGAGAAUGACAACAGAGAGACGGUGAUCAAUCUGAAAAAGGAAGUGCCCUUGAAUCAUAUGAACGAAACGUACAUGGAGCAGUUGGAUGCCCUCAAUGAUACUGUCAACGAUAUCGAUGUCGUCAGGGACUUGCUGAAAGACUCUGCCUUCGAAGGCAUUUCUCCAGUAGUGUGGGAGUCCUUUAGAUCUUCUACUGGAGCAUCAGUCCAUGGAAUGACUCGUCCAAGGAGAAGCUUACCUGUCGAUCUUCAAGAUGCUGCAGUCAAGAAUGAAAUUGUGGAAGAAUGCCUACCGGAUAUUAGUGCAGACAUUUCAAGGGGCCUGACUGAAAUUAAGUCACAAAUUUCAGAAGCUGAUAAUGGAGAUCUUCUUUCGAACGAAGAUUUGUCGGUGAAGGCGGAUUUCGAGAGAAAGGAGUUUCCGCGGCCCAGAACAAAUGCAGAUGUUGAAGAUGUUCAAGUCGUUAGUCGGUGGUCACGCGAGAGAUCUAAGCAGGCUUUUGACGGAGGAGACAUCCGAAGCUUUACGGAAUUACUUAUACUCGAGAAUUCUGAAGUUGUUUAGAUUGUUGGAUCAAUAGAUUAGGGAUGAUGUUCAUUGGUCUAUUCUAUUUCGCAAUGGACUGAAGGUGUUCGGGAAAUAUAGCAAUAAUAAAAACAAGAUUAACACGAAAA